CUCCUGCCUGGACCCCCACUCCUGCCUGGACCCCCACUCCUGCCUGGAGCCUCACUCCUGCCUGGAACCCCCCUGCUUCUGCUCCCUGGCUUUUCCCACCCACCAUUAUUCAUCCCCUCCAAUAAAUCCUUUUCAUCUCCUCUGGUCUUGGAGGCGUGGUUCUCUGCUCGGGUCCAACUCGCUCGUUGUAUGACAGAACGCUCUGGCCCGACAUGGACCCGGAGAACUCGCUGUCAAGGCCGGACUGGCUCACUCCACCCGACAUCAGGCAAGUCCACCAAACCUUUCGUCAGCUCACGGUCAAGUACCAGAAGAUACUCAGUCAACUCACUGUUUUAACUGGCCAGGUAUCCCAGGUAGCUCCCGACCCUGCCUUGUUGGUUCAAUACAACCAAGCCUUUCAGGAUGUUGCCGCCACUAAGGCACAAUUAAACCUAAACAUCGCCCAGCUCACUCAAGUUUCCUCAUCUGCAGCCCAGCCCGCGCCAUCUUCCCCCCCACCAGCCCCAGGCCCAGCCAACACCCAGACCCUAACCGACGACACCUCCUCUCCCUUCUGGGGAACCCGGCUAGCUCUCAAACCACCAUCUAGGAAGCAGCAUGUUCCCCGGAGAGGAAACACCCAGUCCCCGCCAAUCGUGGAGCCGGCCUUUGAACGACCUGGCUGCCUAGGACACCAUACCAGGAGGUGCCGUGGCUCCCGCGAUCUUGCCCCAUCACCGCCCCUCUCUGACCCCCCACCCGUUGUCCACAUGUCGUCCGUCCUCCUGACCUCGGCUCCCCAGAACCGGACCCCGACCUCUGCUCUCCAGAACCGGACCUCCGUUCCUCUCAAUCAGACCCAAACCCAAGACACGCCUUGGGACAUCUUCUCCUCCUGCGACGAGCACAGCGUUUAUUUCAACACGUUAUACGAGUUGUGGGAGAAGUGGAGGGAGGAUCCCCAAGACGCAACCAUAACCCUGGGCCGCAAGCUAGCAAGCCAGCGACCCGGAUUAGCCAGCCACUUACCUGAUUACAUCCGUGACUUCUUGAGUGCUCCUCUGAGCGAGCCGCCUACUGGCUCCCCUAGCAGCCAACCGGGCCCUGUCUCCCUGCCGUCCACAGACCCACCUGCCAAGCGGCCGGGCCGUCGAAGACGUGAGGCCAGGAGGCAUCGUGGCCCCCCGGCUCCAGUCUCCGCAGAGGACGACGACGCCCCGCCUCCUGUUCCCGCGGAGGUCGACGACGCCCCGCCUCCUGUUCCCGCGGAGGUCGACGACGCCCCGCCUCCUGUUCCCGCGGAGGUCGACGACGCCCCGCCUCCUGUUCCCGCGGAGGUCGACGACGCCCCGCCUCCAGUUCCCGCGGAGGUCGACGACGCCCCGCCUCCAGUUCCCGCGGUGGACUUCGGCAGCCGUCGAAAGGCUUAA